GAAAAAAUAAGUUGAUUUCCAUUUCAACAAAGGCGGAACCCGCAAGUCCAAAGGCACUCAAACUCCAUGCGUACGACUACCGUUGCUGCUGCUGCUGCUGCCAGACUCUCCUCCUUUCCACUAUUAAUACAACAACAACAACCCACUUCUUUUGUAAACUAUCGACAUAAUCUUUUCUCUUCUUCUACUUCUUCCGCUUUUGCCCUUCGUCUCCCCAAAGUCUCUCGUCUCACCGCGAGGACAUUCUCGUCUUUUCAAGUCGCCAUGGGAGACGCUCCUGACGCCGGCAUGGACGCCGUCCAGCGACGCCUCAUGUUUGAAGACGAAUGCAUUUUGGUGGAUGAGAGUGACCGUGUCGUUGGUCAUGAAUCCAAAUACAAUUGCCAUUUGUGGGAAAAAAUUGAAUCUGGAAAUAUGCUACAUAGAGCUUUCAGCGUAUUUCUGUUCAACUCUAAAUAUGAGUUGCUUCUUCAGCAACGUUCUGCAACGAAGGUAACAUUCCCUCUUGUGUGGACAAACACCUGCUGCAGCCAUCCACUAUAUCGUGAAUCUGAGCUUAUUGACGAGGAUCAUCUUGGUGUAAGGAAUGCUGCACAAAGAAAGCUUUUGGAUGAGCUGGGUAUUCCUGCUGAAGAUGUGCCAGUUGAUCAGUUCAUCCCGCUGGGUCGCAUUCUGUACAAGGCACCUUCUGAUGGCAAGUGGGGGGAGCAUGAACUUGAUUACCUACUUUUCAUUGUCCGAGAUGUUAACAACAAUCCAAACCCUGAUGAAGUAGCUGAUGUUAAAUAUGUGAACCGGGAUCAAUUGAAAGAGCUGUUGAGGAAAGCUGAUGCUGGUGAAGAAGGUUUGAAGCUGUCCCCUUGGUUCAGACUGGUCGUGGACAAUUUCCUCUUCAAGUGGUGGGACCAUGUUGAGAAAGGGACCCUGAAGGAAGCUGCUGACAUGAAAACCAUUCACAAGUUGACUUAAAUCUUUAUGAGUCCAGUUGCAGCAGGCUAUGGUUGUGGUGUAAUAAUGCCAAUACAUUUGGAAGUAAUAAGGCAUUUUGUUGUUGUUAUUAUGUUUUAUUUUUUCCAACGAAACUUUUUAUGAUUUGUACCAUGGUAACUUUUGAUUUGUAUUAUGAACUCGUCGAAACUCGUAAGUUUGCUUGACGAUUUAAGAGAGCUCAAUAAGAAACUUGUUGGGUCUA